AUGCGCUCGUCAUUCUCCGCCGCUGCGGCAGCCCUCCUCGGGCUCGCCGGGUCGGCCGCCGCACAACUCCGGGCCACGGCUUACACGGACCCGCAGACCGGCAUCGACUUCCAACGGUACAAGCCCAACGCCUACCCCUACAGCUUCGGUAUCGCCGUGCCCGAGACCGUCGGCACCGACUUCAUCGGCCAGAUGGUCGUGCCCAUCUCGGACAAGGGCAACUGGGGCGCCGUCUCCCUCCGGGGAGGCAUGCUGAACGGCCUGCUCUUCGUCGCCUGGGCCGACGGCGAGUCCAUCCGCACCAGCUUCCGCCUCGGCAGCGCCUACGCCAACCCGGACGUCUACACCGACACCGAGGUCAGCGCCGUGCCCAUCGCCAACGGCACCUUUGUCAACGCCACCCACUUCUCCUACACCUUCCUCUGCGAGAACUGCAUCAACGACAAGACGAGCCUGGCCGGCGAGUCCCCGAUCCUGGGCUGGGCCUUCUCCGACACGAGCCCCUCGCCCGCCUCGGACCCGGCCGCCGCCCUCAACUACCACUCGGCCGGCUUCGGCCAGUUCGGCCUCGACAUCGCCGGCGCCAAGUCGGCCAAGUUCGAGACGUGGUCCAAGUACGCCGAGGCCGUCGAGGCUGCCCCGGCUCCCGUCCCCGGCACCGGCAACGGCAACGGCACCACCACUCCGGUCCCGGGUAGCAACAGCACCAUCCCGACCCCCGUCGUCUCCAACACGACGUACGAUGUCAUCGUCGUCGGCGGUGGCCCCGCCGGCAUCAUCGCCGCCGAGCGCAUCGCCGAGAAGGGCGCCAGCGUCCUCCUCAUCGAGCGCGGCCCGGCCAACACGGUGCCCCUCGGCUCCAAGAUGGCCCUCCCCUGGAACGACACCCUCACCCCCUACGACAUCCCCGCCCUCGGCAGCUCCAUGACCAGCCUGUCCGGCACCUCGUUCUGCAGCGACACGGCCUCGACCGCCGGCUGCCUGCUCGGGGGCUCCAGCUCCAUCAACGGCCUCAACUUCAUCCACCCGCCCGAGCACGACUGGCAGCGCUGGCCCGCGGGCUGGGGCUGGACCGACGUCUCCGACGCCGCCGCGCGCCUGUACGAGCGCAACCCGGGCACCACGGAGCCCUCGGACGACGGCAAGUACUACGACGACCUCACCUACCGGACGCUGUCCGGCCUCCUGGCCGGCAAGGGCUGGUCCGAGGUCGACUCGAUCGAGUCCCCCAACAAGAAGGACGCCGUCUUCUCGCGCCCCUCGUGGUCCAUCAAGGACAACCUCCGCGCCGGCCCCGCCCGCACCUACAUGCCCUUCGCCCAGCAGCUGCCCAACUUCACCCUCAAGCUCGAGACCAAGGUCGUCCAGGUCGUCCGCUCCGGCAGCAAGGUCACCGGCGUCCUCGUCCAGGCCGCCGACGGCAGCAGGCAGGUCAUCAAGAUCAACCAGGGCGGCAAGGUCGUGCUCGCCGCCGGCGCCAUGUCGUCGCCGCGCCUCCUCUGGAACUCGGGCAUCGGCCGCUCCGACGCCCUCGAGAUCGUCAAGUCCGGCGCCGCGUCCACCGGCGUCACGCUCCCGGACGAGGCCGACUGGAUCAACCUCCCCGUCGGCCACCACCUCCAGGACCACGCCCAGGUGAUGCUGCAGUUCAACUCCAAGGCCAACUUCACCGCCUACGGCUUCAACGCCAUCGCCUCGAGCCCCGUCCCCGCCGACCUCGACCUCUACAAGCAGGGCUCCGGCCCCAUCACCCAGGCCGCCCAGCGCAUGCACCUCUGGACCAGCGCCAAGGGCGCCGACGGCCGCACGCGCUACCUCCAGGGCACGGCGAGCGCCAUGGCCAGCGGCGUCGUCACCGUCCGCACGUUCCUGACCCACGGCACCUCGACCCUCGGCGAGCUCGGCAUCACCGCCGCCGGCAACACCGUCCUCAACACCAAGCCCUGGCUCAUCGACGCCGAGGACCGCAAGGCCAUGGCCGACUUUGUCCAGUUCUGGCUCGACCUCACCGCCGGCGCCAACUCCACCCUCAGCUACGUCACCCCCGGCGCCACCCCGGACGACAUCAUCGGCACCAAGAUGAUCAGCGGCGACCACUGGGUCGGCAGCGCCCGCAUGGGCGUCGACGACGGCCGCUCCGCCAACGGCACCGCCGUCGUCGACCUCGACACCCGCGUCUACGGCACCGACAACCUCUUCGUCGUCGACGCCUCCAUCCACCCGGACCUGCCCACCGGCAACACCCAGUCCAUCAUCAUGAUCACCGCCGAGCACGCCGCCGAGAAGAUCGCCGCCUUCAAGGUCUCCGGCUCCGGCAACUCGACCGCCCCGGAGGCCAGCGACUGCGAGGGCGCCGCCGCCAAGAGGCGCUCCGCCCGCCGCUCCAUGCGCUUCAGGCGCAGAGCCCACCUGCACUAG